AGAGUCGGAGCCUGGACACAUCCCCCAGCAGUUCCUUGAGGAGCUGCUGGGGGACAACAUGGCCCUCGAGGCUGACCAGGGCCAGAAGAUGGACCACCCCGCCCACCGGAGCUUGGCGCUGGGCCAGCUGUCCGAAGCCUCCGGCCGGAUCCUGGCAUUGGAGGGAGACCACGAGACCGUCCAGGGCGCAGUCCGGGAGCCACAGGGCGACUCCCUGGCACUGCGGGAGGGCAGCGGCACAUGCACGGAGCUGCAGAAGGAGACCCAGCAGCUCCGGGAGCAGGUGGAAGAGUUGGGGAUCCAACUACGGAAUGAGAAGCCCACCAGCCAGCACCUGAGGGCCCUCAAAGGACAGCUGUUGAAACUCAUAGACACCCUGAGGCUGUACAGGGCCCAGCAGGAGGCCGAGGAGGAGCAGCGGGAGGAGCUGCGGGAGCAGCAGAAGCAGCGGACUGAAGUCCAGGAGGCCCUGCUGCAGGAGCAGGAGGCCAAGGCCCGGGUCACCGAGGAGAACGAGAGGCUGCGGCAGGAGGUAGAGCCCUUACCCCGGGAAUGCCAGUCGGGUAGUAAUGACGAUGACGAUGAUGAGGAUGAUGAUGCGGAUGUCAGUGUCUUUACAUAA